UUGAGUGCAUCGAUAGGCUCAACAGCCUGGCGGAGCACAACGAAAUCCAAUUAACUUGGGUGCCAGGUCACAUAGGAGUUGCGGGCAACGAGGAAGCGGACCGACUAGCUAGAAUGGCGGCCGCCCCGUCGCCUAUACGGCCUGAGCCCUUCCUAGCGAUUGGACCUAGCACAAUCAAGGAAGAGCUGAGGAAAGAAAGGAACAGACUAAGGAAUCAACACUGGGGUAACACUACAGGUCUACGUCAAGCAAAACACCUACUGGGAGGCUACAACCUUACGAGGUACGGGGAAACUUUGAAUCUAUCCAAAGGAAAACUACGGAUUAUAACAGGUUUUCUGACGGGUCACUGCAGACUGAGAGGCCACCUACACAAGCUAGGGAUCUGGUCAAACGACCUAUGUCGUUUCUGCGACGUGAAUGAGGAGACUCCCGUGCACCUGCUUAGCGAAUGCGAGGCGGUCGAGAGAAGACGGGAGGGUACCUGGGCCAUUACUGGCCAAGUGACAAAGCAAUACAAUCGCUAAUCCCUGGGGCUCUCUAGGAUUAGAUGAGGUACUGUAAAUGGUUGACGGCACAAUAGACCUUUUGGUCGCAGUGCAUACCUCUAUUAAUUAUCUAUCUAUC